GGGGGCGGGCUCUGGACUCCGGGCUCUGGGUACCGGCUGCGGCUUGGGUCUCUUCGCUGCCGGCUCCUGCGAGAACUGCAGACUUUCCGGCUUCCAGCCGCCGCCUCCGCCUUAGCCACAGCCGCCUGGUUCUGCUCUUGGCCGAACUUCCCUGGACCAUGGCCAACACCGAGCGCACCUUCAUUGCCAUCAAGCCCGACGGCGUCCAGCGGGGCCUGGUCGGGGACAUCAUCAAACGCUUUGAGCAGAAGGGAUUCCGCCUCGUGGGCAUGAAGUUCUUGAGGGCUUCAGAGGAACAUCUGAAACAGCACUAUGCUGACCUGAAGGACAGGCCAUUUUUCCCUGGACUUGUGAAGUACAUGAAUUCUGGGCCUGUUGUAGCCAUGGUCUGGGAGGGCUUGAAUGUGGUGAAGACAGGCAGAGUGAUGCUGGGGGAGACCAACCCAGCCGAUUCCAAGCCAGGCACUAUUCGUGGGGAUUUCUGCAUUCAGGUUGGCAGGAACAUCAUUCAUGGCAGCGAUUCUGUAAAAAGUGCUGAGAAGGAGAUCAGCCUGUGGUUUAAGCCUGAAGAGCUAGUUGACUAUAAAUCUUGUGCUCAUGACUGGGUCUAUGAAUAAGGAUUUAAAAAGUGGAUCUGGACUGGACCCACUCCUUUUAGUAGUAGCUGUGGUAUACUUGUGUGUUUGUCACUGACUGUAUGUGUGUGCAUGUGUGUCUGUCCUUGAAUACAACAUUUCACCAGGGGAUUGAAAGGAAUUGAAACCAUCAUUUUCUAAAAUACUUUAAUCCUGUUCAAUAAAGCCUUGGAAAUAAGAGAAA